AUGGCUCAGGAACCGUACGUUUUCACGCUCAAAAAAAGAAACAACGAUGACUCGGACAAUGACUGGGAUCGGUAUUCUGAAAACGUUCGCCCGACAAGAAGAGGACGAAAGAUAGAUGCGCUGAUGAGAAAGCCAGAAGAAGUUGUUACGGAAGCUACUGCACGAGAAAAGCUUGACAACCUUUUCAAGGAACUUCAAGAAGCGGGCGAUUCGACCGAAAAAGACGAAAUUCAGAUGAUUCUCGAGUUCUGUUCGUGGUUUGAAGAGAAACUUGCAAUCGGAUCUCAUAAACUGUACUAUGAAUUGCUUUGGAAAGUAAUCAGCAGACCAGGAUUUCUGGAACAGUACAAGGAAGACGAGAGAAUGCUGAAAAUAUGGGAGAUAAUGGCUGAUAACAGUGCUGGUCAUGCACACGACAUUUAUCAGUUCGCUAUCAGUCGACAGUCCCUGAUUAAAUGCGCAGCACUGUAUGCUCGUUGGUCGCAAUGUGUUGAAUUGGCAGGUGCCUAUGUGGAGGCUCGGCGUGUUUUAGUUCUGGCUCGAUCCAACUGCGCUAUGCCUCUGAAAAUUAUCAAUGAUGCUGAAGAUGAGCUAGAAAUGAGAGAUAUGCGAAGACAUUUACAAGACAGGGAUUCAGAUGAUGACGAUGAUUUUGAGGAGACGAGAAAAGCAUUCACACAGUUGCCUGUAUUCGGUGACAACCACACCGUCCCCAUUGUUCGCCUCCCAUCUAUGUGUUCGGAUACUACGAAGCAGACGAUAAGGUUCGAUACACAAAACGUUGAGAAAAUCCAAUCUGUUUGUGUGGAUAAUCAAAUGCAACCGUUCGAAGUCCUGUCUUAUGGGGAUGCAGAUGACGUUGAAUAUCUGAAGAAUGUUCACGAAUUGAAUGCUCACAUUGAACGAUAUGCAAUCAAAGAAACAAAGAACCCAAGUAUCGCUGGUACGUCAGCGUCAGGUGUAGGAACAACGAUCUACCCCAUCUCUGAUUAUAGAUUUGAAGUUUGGACAGUGGAAAGUUCCAAUCCAACGAAGCCAAAAGCCAGAAUGGCUAUCAAACGCAUUUUCAAGGAUAUGUCCUUUGAGGAAUAUGCUGCUUCUCUUCUCCCGAACCAUCCGUCAAUGAUGCGGGCUGCUGUCAAAAAGUUGAAUUUUGAUGAGACACUGGAAUAA